AUGAAUAUUUGGACAAUCUCUGCUACUUUACUUUUACAUAUCACAUCCUGUUACUGCCAACAAAAGUCGACAUGGUGGAGUGGUCAGGCAUCGCCACCAGCAGCUCGAACAGCAACACAACGUAAUAGCCCAGGCGGUCAGGUUGUAAAUCCAUCUUGGAACCAAGCGCCAAAGUCAUGGCCGAACUCGGAACCAACAGGGUGGUCGGCGUCUCAAAAGCGUCGCGUGACUGUCAAACCUAGAAUUGCCACUCCACCCAAUAGACGCACUCCAAACACUCCUGGACAAAAGUGGUCAGGUGGAAAAAAUGGUGUUCGUAACUAUAAUUGGAAACCAGGAGCAUAUCCCUAUCCUCAGGUGAAAAAGCCCGCUUCAUCCCAAUGGAUUAGUAAAUCAAGCUCGACAUGGAGAGCUCCGGGGAUGCAAAACAAAGCACCACCAACACGGGGGAAUAGUUGGGGCCAAAAUAGAGCACCUAGUCACAAGGUUAACAAAGUUCCAAAACCGCACGAGUUAGUUAAAGGCUGGACGACUACUGGUACACAAUCACUAUGGACUGACCAGGGAAACAACAAAAAGGCACCAAUACCUACAUCUCACGCUCAAAGAUCCGGACGGCAUCAUAUACCAGCAUGGCUACAGAAACGUCCAAUACCAGCUAAAAAACGCAGAGAAAAUACCGCCAAAAGCUAUCAUGCAAAUGUUCCCAGGGGUCCUCCAUUUCAACAGCCCCGCCCAGGUUUUACACCGAAGCCUUACCCACAAACUGGAUACACUGGGUAUAACUCAAAAACAUAUGCUCGUGAAUCGACCAAAAAGAGGCUUCCACCGCGCCCACCAACUCGUUUCCAAAAUGAUCAGCGACACCGUCCGUCACGUCGUCAUGGAGAUAAUCCAACAAGAAAUACCCAAUAUCACCGAGAACGUCACUUAGAGGUACCAACCCCACCAGAUCGGAGACAGGAGUUAAGGACUGCACUCCCGACUCGAUCAAACCCACGGUCAGAGAUUCAUCGUGACCCCUUGGCAGAUAAUCAUCGACCUUCCAGACUUAGAUCUCGCACAUCCACCAGGACAGAGCCCUCCUCUCCCAAGCGUAUUCGUGAAGGACAUUUCGAGACAAACCAAGCUGAAAGUUUCCAUCGCUCAGAAACAAAGCGCGUUGAUAUUCUCAAUCAAAAUGAGCCUCGACAGAGUCAAACAAAAUCUACUAGGAAACGUAGACCCAGGAAAAAACAACCAAGUAAAACGAAACAAAGUGAUGCUUUACAACCUGAAGAGCCGAGACGUAGAAAAACCAAUUCAAAAGUUGAGUCUGCUCGAAGCGAAACGUUUACAGGUAUAGAAACAAGUCGAGGCAAUAUUGUGGCACGUAAGGAGCAAGCUAUACAUGUUGAUCCGACAGGACCAUCGUCUAAUGGAUUUGACACACGAAAAAAGCCGGUGCCAUCUGCACAACCCAACCAUAUCAGUAACACUCCAAAACUGGAUUCAAACCAUUACACUAGUAACGCACAUCCACCUUCAAACAACGAUCCGAUUCCUAGCGAAGCAUUACCUCACGCGGAUCGUAGAAUUAGCAACUCAAUUACACAAGCAGUAACCGGCAUCCAGAUAACAAAUAUAGAACCACUUUCAACCACCGUUGCUAUACCUUCCGAAUCCGUUAGCAUGGACACUUUCACCACUUCUGAAAGACCAAAACAUAUAGCAGACCCAAAAGGAAGGAAGGAAAAGAGAAAAACUUUAUUGAACGGAGCUGUUAUCAUGCAGACAACUGUUGAAUCACGGCAUGCUAAUGAUAUUUCAGACAAAACCAACACUCCAGUUCCUCAGGAAUCGGUUCAAUUAGCUGUUGAGGUUAAGCCGAUUCAUCCAACUAAAGCUGCAGAACAACAGUAUGAAAGAGACCCAAUGACAGAGAAAAUAAUAGCUGAACUUAAACGAAAACUCAAGAUUCUUUCCAUGCCAAAAUCCACUGCGGGUGACCCUGAUGUUAAUGUAAGCGUGUCAGUUUUGGAGGUGUUGAAGCAAAAGCAGGGUUCUUCCGCUGACCCAGCACAAGAAACAAUGCUAUCUAAAACAAGAGACAAAAUGAACACCCAUUUAAAAGAUUUGCAUCUUGAACCAAAUCCCGACAUUAUUGAGAUUCACCAUGGAGAAUCAGCAACACGUUCAAGCAACAAGGCACGUCACCCAGAGUUCGCACAUCCUACCGACAUGCAUUAUGAAGAGGUAGCAGAGCCGAGAUGGCGAUCAAAAGACCCGCCUCCCCAUGGAAGAUCUGCAAAACAUAGACAAACAAACCCUCAUCCUAACGAUAGACACGUAGAACCAACUCCCCCGCAUGAUCAGGUACCACAACGGAGAAGUAAAUCUCACUUACGCAAGGCGGACGUCCAUGAAGAAAUCGGUUAUUAUGAAGGCGUGACAGAAGUUCGACGAAAACCAACUUCGCAUCCAGAGGCGACCGGAAAAUCUUCUCGAAAGGAAAGGAACCACAGCUAUCAUAAAAAACGUCGAGUUAUAGCAGAUGGGCCUACUGUCGACCCAGCAGUGGAGUUUAUUGGAAAACCGUAUGCAGACAAUCAUGAAGCAACAAGUAAAGGUAGAAAAAGACCUGUAUCAGACCCUCGAGCAGCUCCUCUUCCAGAGCGGAAAACACUAAGGAGGACACAAGAAACGGGGGAUAUACUAUCUGUAUAUGAUAGCAAAACUGAUACAUAUAUUGAGCCUUCGUCAAAUUUUUCUCCGCGUCCAAAGAGUGAAGCGGACCUUUGGGGAAAGAGUCAACCGGCCCAGCCAGCCCCAACAUCGGUACACGGGAUGCCACCACAUCAUUGGGGACCAGACUCACAUGCACCAAGCCCACAUAUGGGUCCACCAACCUCUCAUAUUCCUGCUCCAGACCCCUAUGCAUCGCCAUCCGAUCCCCGUGCACCACAACCACCUGCAUAUAACGAUGAUAACUGGCCAGGUCGUCAACCCAGCUACCCGCCAGGAACGGCAGAUGCUUUCACAAAUCAGCAUCCGUCAGUGAAUUCAGAUUUACAUAUGGCAGGACAUCCAGGCUAUGCCCCCGACCCAUAUCACGGUCAUCCACAAGGACCGCAUCCAUAUGAGUACCAAGGUGGACCACAAGCACCCUACCCCCCAGAACCCUACCCACCAGCCGGACCACCUGAAUCAUAUCCAGCCGGCCCUCCAGAAUCAUAUCACGCAGUUGGUCAACCAGGGGCAUAUUAUCAAGAUCCGCAUCAGCCAGCACCAUAUGUCCCAGCAAUUGGACCGGUCGACCCUUAUGGUCCACCUCCAACUGUGAACUCAGGACCGAUAUAUCAUACCCCCGCCACAAUACCGACCACCACUGACGAUGACCCUCCAGCAACUCCAGCGGCUGCAAACCCGUGGUACCCUACGGUACAGCCGCCAGUUGGUCAGCACCCCCCGCCAUACCAUACAACACCAUCGCCACUGACCAACUUUGACCCUUACCCAGGGCCCCACUAUGCCCAACCUCCGCCAGACGGCAGACCUCCACCAGCAUAUGAUACUCCGCAGUUUGACCAGUAUACCAUCAGAUAUCCGGACGGAUCUGCCUCCAAAGAGGAGUACACAGAGGUAACCAGCGCCGUACAAAGGAUAGUCAACUAUGUGUAUGACAGUACUUUGAGGAUUUAUAAAAUCGCCGACUACUUCGUCAUGGACAGGAACACGGACAGUUUCGCUAUAAGGAUAGCUAAGGACAUGUGUUACGUCGGAACCAUCGACUCAGCAAUUCUCGAUUCCUUUACUGAAUACACAUUGAAAACUCGGAAUGCGACGGAACCAGUAAUAUACAGCAACGAGCGACUCUUCUUCUUCAAAGAGAUAGAGCAAGUGUUCUUCGCUGACGUCAACAGUACACGGGGAGGAUAUAUCGCUGGAUCGUGUGGCGAUGCCUUCAUGUUUAGAGUCCGGAUGGUAAAACCAAGAAUUAUUCUGAUGAACGAUGGUUCAGUACUUCCGGGCAGUACUUGUCCAUACGGCGCGCCGAUGAAAGAACCACAAGGACAGGUCACCUCCUGUAAAUCCGGGUACUGUCAUUCACGUGAGCACACGUGUAACCCUACCCAUCAUAUAUGUUGUCCAAAGAAGCCGGAAUCAACCAGAUGUAUGCACCUUUCUAUAGGCAAAUUCUGUGUGUCCUACUCUAAAAACAACGUUAUCAUUAACUAA